ACCCUAGAAUAUUGCACAUCGCCACGCAUCCGGGGCUCCGCUUUCCUAAUCGCAUAGAAUUUCAACUCCGACCGAGUUUUCGAGUUCAGAACACAGAACGGCUCCUCUCAGCUCAGCUGUUCAGACUUCGGAGGUCCUUCAUCCGUUCAACAUCAAGCAACGUGCGCAGGUCGAAGGAAAGGGAUCCCCGAAAAUAAAUAGACGGUUUCGUCGAAAUCGCGAAAUUCAGUGUUGUUUAUGUUUAUGUCACCGGUUAGGUGAAAGUGGAGAAAACAUGGAAGAGUGUGUACAGGUGGUUUCCAACAAGAAUUUGACUUUUUUCCCGACUAGGCCGCCUGUGGAUAUUGAGUUUCAGGACUUGUCCUAUGCUGUACCGCAGGGAAGAAAAGGUACGAAGCUAAUACUCAGAAAUGUCAACGGUCAGUUUUAUUCAGGACAACUUACUGCAAUCCUUGGGCCUUCUGGCGCUGGAAAAAGUACACUUCUCAAUAUCCUAGCUGGCUAUAAAUGCACUGGAGCUACUGGAACAGUAUUGAUCAAUGGCGAAGACAGGAAUUUGAAAAAGUUCAGAAGACUCUCAAGAUAUAUAAUGCAGCAAGAUCUGGUUCAGCCAUGGUUAACACUGCAAGAAGCUAUGGUAGUGGCUGCAAACUUAAAACUCAAUAAGGAAAUGUCCCCAAAAGAUAAACUUCUUGCAAUUGACGAAGUCUUGGAACUCCUCAGGCUUUCAGGUGCAAAAAAUACUAGGACAGACAGAUUAUCAGGAGGAGAGAAGAAAAGAUUGUCAAUAGCACUUGAGCUAUUGAAUAAUCCACCAAUACUUUUUUUAGAUGAACCCACGACUGGUUUGGAUGACCUGUCCUGCUCCCAAUGCAUAGGGUUGUUGAAGCUUUUAGCCAAAGGAGGAAGAACUGUGAUAUGCUCGAUACAUACACCGAGCGCUAGGUUAUUUAACACUUUUGACAAUGUUUACUGUGUGAACAAUGGACAAUGCGUUUACCAUGGCUUUGGUCCAUCAGUGAUACCUUUUUUAUCGGAUAUAGGAUUAGUUUGCCCAACAACAUACAAUCCUGCAGAUUUUCUGAUAGAAGUAUGUUGUGGAGAAUAUGGUGAUUUUCAAGAUAAAAUGGUUUCAAGCAUAGAGAAUGGCCAUAAUUGUUUGGACAACAGAAAGCCCGUAAACACCGUUGAACAAAUGAUCCAAGAAGACCCAGUCAGAGAAAAUGUGAAACGCCAAUGCAGCAUUUACUCAGAUAAUAAUCCUGUAAAACGUUCAUCAAUUCAACAAUUUACAGUGCUCCUUUUAAGGAUGUGGCUCCAAAUGUGGAGGGAUAAGGGUGGUUUGACUUUAAGAAUAGCAGUACAUGCACUUCUGGGUCUACUAAUGGGUGGUAUGUACAUAGGAAUGGGACAAGAUGGCUCUAAAACUAUUUUCAACUUCGGUUUCUACUUCAAUUGUAUUAUAUUCUUCAUGUAUGUCCCUAUGAUGCCAGCGUUACUGCAAUUUCCAACAGAAGUACAAUUGUUAAAAAGAGAACAUUUCAAUAGAUGGUAUGGCUUAGGAUCAUACUUUAUGGCUUUAACUUGUUCCACUAUUCCUCUUCAAUUCCUUCUGGGUUUCGUUUAUCUUGGGUUGGUGUAUACCAUUUCUGACCAACCAAUGGAAUUGUACAGGUGGUCGAUGUUUUACUUUAUAUGUAUGUUGACUGGCAUUAUAUCCGAAAGCUUGGGACUGCUUAUUGCAACAAAUUUGAACAUCGUGAAUGCUACCUUUGUUGGCCCAGUUGUAACAGUGCCGUUGAUGCUGCUAGCUGUCUAUGGCUUCGGGUCCGGAGCAGAAAAUAUACCGUUCAUCAUCAGAAUCUCUAUGUACUUCAGCUACCUCCGGUAUUCAAUGGAAGGGCUCAUAGGUACAAUGCUCAGGGAUAGGCCAAACCUUCCCUGUCCAGAAGAAGAGGAGUUUUGCAUUUUCACAGACUUGAACUACUUCAUUCGUGUGAUGGGCAUGGAAAACACCAUAUUCUGGGUCGAUAUUGCUGCUCUCGUUUUUUGUAUUCUGCUUUUUAAAGGCGUGGGAUACUAUCUGUUGAGGCAAAGAUUAUCUCCCAAUAAGACCUUCUUAGCAAUCCAAUAUAUUGGAAGAUUUGUCAAAUCACAUUUUAAUAUAGCGCGGUAGUUUUAUUAUAAUGUUGUAUUUAUUUUUGAUACUUAUAUGUUACACAAAAGAAAGCUUUAAUGAUAGAAUCAAUGUCUGAGAUGAAUAUUUUUUAUGGAUGUUGUAGUGAUAAAAUAAAAUAGAUUGUAGUUGGUA